CUGUUUUUAGUAAUCUCAACAGCUUGUUACCCGGGAGAAGAAUGUUGCCAAAACAAUGAAAAUUGAAGUGAAUUGAUCAAUUAAUUUUCAUUUUUUGAUUUAUUGUUCCAUUUUGUUUUCUAAUUAAACUUAAGUGACACCCUCGUGCUUAUUUUUUUGUACAAAGAAGUUCUGAUUGUGACUAACAGUUGUCUCAACUCUGUUUAAAAAGCAAUCUUGAUAUCUGUUUUUGGUUUUCUUUGUGUUCUUUGGAUGUGACCAACUUACAAUCCUAUCUUAUUACUUGGUAAUUAAUUGUUAACAUAAUUUUCCUUGUUCCCGAUUUGCAUCAUCUUUUAAACUAGAAAUGGAAAGUCAUGGGAUGUAUGAUGCACAUAACAAAAUGGACGACAUACGAGACAAUAAAUUGGCAAGUUUUGCAAGUCCUGGUAGUGCUUUUUCCUCUUCAUUCAGUCUAUCUUCUAACAGUCAUCAAUUGUGUUGUCUAACUGAAGAUGGUUCCCGGUGUAAUCGAGUUGCUGGUAAUGCUUCCUACUCUAAGCGUAUCCAAAAGACUGUACAACAGAAAAAAUUACGACUAAGCAUUGACAAUACAGCUCGUCACGUUUACAUUUGUGACCACCAUAAAAAUAUGAUACAAAGUGUGCGGAGUUGUGUGAAAAGAAAAAGAAAAGACUCUUGUGAAGAUGAAAAUGGAACCAACUCCAACGACUGUUACUCUUUCGCUGAUCGAAAUAAUCCACUGAGUUCAGCAAUUUCAGGUCCUUCCAAUGGAUCUACACCCAUUAGAGGAAUGAAUACAAACAAUCUUGGUAACUCGGGAAGUGGAAAAAAUGAUUUACCAAGCUCAGCCAACUCUGAAGAAUUACCUCAAGUUGACCUUUCUACUUUACAAAUAAACACUUUACGUAGAUAUAAACGACAUUAUAGGAUUCAAACUAGCCCUGGAAUAAACAAAUCACAAUUGGCAGAAGUGCUUCUCGACCAUUUCAAAACUAUACCCAUUGAUGAAAAGGAAGCUCUUACUUAUUUUAUCUACAUGGUUAAAUGUAAUCGCAAUAAAGUAGAUCAAUUGAAAGGUUUAACUACUUCAAAUUCCAGUUUACCCUAUCCUAGUAGUAUGUCUGACCACAACAAUACUUGAGAACCAUUGAGACCAUAGCUAUCAUCCAGAUGACUUCAGGUUUUCACUGUUUUUUGCUUCCCUUACCCUUUUCUACCAUUCAUCACUCUUAUCUUGUAUUUAUUUCAUAUUUUUUCUUAUCCAACAUUAUCUUGGCCAAUCAUUAGUUAUGCUUAAAAUAAAGUUGCAUAAAGAAGUAGCUCAAGAGUAGCUCAGUUCAAAAAAUUUUACUUUCGAAUCCAUUGUAGUUAUUUCUGCUCUUUUGUGACCAAAAAGUUAAUUAAUGCCGAUAAGAGGACUUCAAACACUAACUAUACCCUGUAACAGAUAGUUUUACAAAACCAUCAAAAUUUCAGGCUGACUCAACGAAUCGAUUUGCUGACCGAAACAAAAUAACUAACGAUUUGCCGACCGGAUUCAAUAGAUCGUGUUUUAAAAGUAAUUUCGAAAUGGCUUUUUACCAUAACUUAUGGACAAAUCAGAUUCUUGGAAAGAAAGACCAUUGGAAGUUCAUUAGCCAAUCGUGAUGCAAAUCUAUUAACGGAAAAGAUGACACAGUUUCUCUAACUACUGUUGUCCACAAUCAACUAUCUUUACAUUCGUUCCCAUCAUGAUUAAUAUUAAGAGCGUAUUAUCAAACUUUUUGUUAAUUAAAACUAACCCAAAACUCUUUUUAUCCGAAGAAAAAUUAAACAAAGAUUUACUAUUUCUGCAUCAA